CUCCGCGAAGCCGUCGGAUUUCAAAGGAACGGUCGAAAUGAAGGCGUCCCCUUAACAAGACAAUCAUCUUAUCUAAUCUUUAUCUCUUCCAAAUUUCCAAUCUCUGUUUCUCCUACUGUUCAGUUGUUCUGCUCUCUCUACCUCGAUCAUCGGUGCCAUGGCGGAAUGGUUAGUUGGUCCAAUCAUGGAGAAGAUCAUCAACGCUUGCUCUGAUUACCUGGAAGAGCAAGUCGGAUGGCAGACGGGCAUGAAGAAGGAGCUGGAAAGCCUGCGAGAAAACCACCCGAAGAUCCAAGCUGUCGUCUUUGCAGCUAACCAAGCACAAAUUAGCGAUCAGAACCCAGCUCUCAACAAAUGGAUAUGGCAGCUAAGAGAUGCUGUUGAUGAGGCAGAUGAUGUGCUCGAUGAGUUUGAGUACAUGAAGCAUAAACAACAGCUCACCAAAAACAUGGAGGAAACAGAUCAGAAAAGAACGGUGUUUUCCAACACGAGCUUCCUGAUUGAAAGUGCUUCGAAAAUUCGCAAAGUUGGCGAACGUGCUUUCAAGAUUGAUCCCAACUUGAAGAGGCUUGCGGAGGUUGUGCAGAAACUAGAUAACGUUUCUGCUGGGGUUAGUAAUUUUCUUCCUCUUCUAGAUAUCGCAAAACAGGGGCAGCAGGAGAAGCAGCGUCAGUUGUCCGAAGUACGUGAAACAGGAUCCCUGCCUACUACAAAUGAUCUCAUUGGGCGGAGCAAGGAUAUGGAGUCUGUUAUGCAGUGGUUGAGGAAACCAUCAAAUGAGCCUCGGACAAGUAGGUUCAGAAACAUUUCUCUUCUAUCUAUAGUGGGCCAUGGUGGUAUGGGAAAAACAACUCUCUUGCAACACGUCUAUGAAGAUGAAAUUACAAAAGAAUUUGAUCUUAAAAUGUGGGUUUGCGUUUCCAACAACUUUGAUGUGAAAAGAGUCAUGGCUGAUAUGUUGGAAUCUCUUAAAAUGCAGAAGCCUAAUUUGGAUUCACUUAAUGCACUUCAAGGGCGUCUCAAGAAUGAGGUGAAUUCCAAAAGGUUCUUACUGGUUCUUGAUGACGUUUGGGAAGAGGAGGAGGAACGGUAUAAAAGUAAAUGGGGGAAUGUGCUCGCCCCUCUAGCUUCUGGAAGUUUUGGUAGUAAGAUUCUGGUAACAACUCGGACGGAAUCAGUCGCACUGAUGUUUCAAAAAGUGAUUCAAGACAAACAAAAACCAAUGACAUUAGAAGGCUUAGAGGAGGAAGAAUGUUUGGAGCUCCUCAACACCCAUGCGUUUGCUGUAGACGAUCUUGAUGAUCAGAGAAAAUUAAAAUUAAAAUCAAUUACUGCAGAGAUAGUUAAAAAGCUUUCAGGGUCUCCUUUAAUAGCAAAGGUCAUAGGCGGUGAUCUGAAUUCUAAUUUGGAUGAAGGACAUUGGACAAGAGUUUUAGAUUCUGUUCUUGAAAUUAUAAAAUUGGGUCAAAAUGAUAUCAUGUCCGUCUUAAGAUUGAGCUACGUACACCUCCCAGAACAUCUAAAAAGUUGCUUUACAUUCUCUUCCAUAUUCCCACAAGAUUAUCAAUUUCGUAAAGGUACUUUAGUCCGACAGUGGAUUGCAUUGGGUUUCAUUCAACCUUCUCAUAUUCAAGGAGAGAUUAUGGAGGAUAUCGGAGGAAGUUAUUUUGAUGUUUUGGUUAAAAAAAAUUUCUUUGACAAGUUUGACAACAAUUUUGGAUAUUACUAUAAGAUGCAUGAUGUAAUACAUGAAUUAGCACAAUCUGUUUCCAUACAUGAAUGCUUAAGAGUUGAGGGUAGUACAAAGUUGCCUUCUCCAAUUCCUAAGACUCUUCGACACUUGUAUGUUAAAGAUAUAAAUCCAUACUUUAUAAAAGAGAUUGUGCAGUUUAAAUAUUUGCGUUCUCUUUUCGUGUCUUUUCUACCAUCUUAUCAAAAUAUUUGCGCACUUAGUGAAAUAUUCAGAGCAUUGAGAAGCCUACGCUUGUUAGAGAUAUUUGGCCCACCCUUGAAAAUAAUACCUGAGGAGAUUGAAAAUUUGAUACAUCUUCGAUGCUUAAGGAUUAAUGUUACAAAUUUUAUUAUGCUGCCAAGAUCUCUAAGUAAGCUCUAUCACUUGCAAUACAUAAUCUAUGAUUGGCCAAUUAAUGAGAAAGGUGCUGAUUUUUUACCAAAUGACAUUAAUAACCUUUGUAACUUGCGUUUUGUGAGAUUUCCCAAGAAUUGUAUUUCAUCGAUAUGUGAGAUUGGGAAGCUAAAGUUUCUUCAAGAAUUGAUAAUAUUUGAUCUUAGAGAUGCGAGUGGUUAUAGAAUUGGGGAGCUGGAGAACAUGAAUGAUCUUUGCAAAUUAGGAAUCAAUUGCCUUGAAAAUGUUAAGGAUGCUGAGGAGGCUUGUAGUGCCAAAUUAUAUGCCAAGAGGAGGCUCACAUAUUUAAGCUUACGGUGGAAUAACACUAAAUUGAGGAACAUCAAUUUAUAUGAGAAAGUGCUCGACAAACUUCAGCCACCAAAAUGUCUAAGCGAUCUGGAGAUAUAUAGAUACAUGGGUGCAAGGUCUGCUAUAUGGAUGAACAACGUCAAUCUUAUCUCCAAUCUAGAGGAAAUCAAUUUGACAGACUGCUUGGAGUGGGAAACUCUUCCACCUUUUGGGCAACUUCCCUUCGUCAAGUCACUGAAACUUGAAAACAUGCCGAAAGUAAAAUGGCUCCAAAGUAAAUAUAAUGGGAAUGAUAAAUACCGUGCCUUUCCAUUGCUAGAGGUGUUACAUAUUGAGAAAUUAGAAGCAUUAGAGGAUUGGUUUGAGGCAGGAGUAGCUGCUGAAGAUGGAUAUUUGUUUCCUUGCUUAAUUAAACUGGAGAUAUUUGGCUGCCCGAAGUUGAAAGAGUUGCCCUCUUUGCCUUCUAAGCUUAAGAGGUUGACGAUGCGAUCUACGGCGUGGACGACUUUGAAUUUUUGUAGCAAUUCGAAUCCUAUCCCCCUUGAAUCAUUAUGGGUCGAUCGCUGUCCUAACAUUACAUCUCUUCCUCUGGCUGAUGAAAUAGCAAGACUUGCAGCACUAAGAUCCUUGACAAUUUUAAAUUGCCCCAAUCUGAGAUCUCUCGGAAGAUAUCAAGAAUUGGAGACUGCUAAUAAUUGCCAUCUCAUGCUCAACAAUCUCUGUAUACGUGAUCCAUUGUUGUUGCUAAUGGAGCCAUUGAGAAGUAUCGCCUCCUUAUUAAAAGAGCUGAGUAUUUGGGAUAAUGAUGAGUUGGUUUUAUUUCCAAAUGACGCGGAGCAGUGGUUUCUGAAAGUUAGGUCUUCUCUUUCUGAGCUAAGAUUUGAAUGGCUCAAAUCCUUACAGUCUCUCCCUUCCUCCUUGGAAAGCUUAUCUUCACUUCAGAAACUACAUAUUGAUGAUGUUCCUAUGCUUCGGGAAUUACCGAACCUUCCUUCCUCUUUAGAAUAUCUAUAUAUUUGGGGAUGUCAUCCAGAGUUGAAGGAGCGCUAUCGAGAGGAUGGAGGCUCCGAUCGCCACAAGAUUGCUCACAUUCCGAAUAUCUAUAUUUCUACACAAGCAAACUUCUUUUUACGACCGGUGGCACGUGGAAGAUGAGCAAAAAUGAAUACAGCAAUAGAAGAGUUAAUAGGAAAGGAGAAAUAUCUCUGUAUAUUAUGUAUUCUAUUGAGCAAGAGCUCUUCUGUAAAAAAGAUAACAAAAAGACUGUCCUCCUCUUCCUCUUUCACCUAUAUGUAAUUCCUCUAUUUUCCCCUUUUAGCUAAUAAGUAAAAAAGGUUUUAAAAGUAACAA